AUGGAAGACAUCAAAAGAAAAGGCCUCGAAGAUGUUGUUUUUGAUGUCAUCGCUCUUCAGGAGAUUGGUGGUCAGUAUCAAGCCUGCAGUGACCAUGGAACCACGAAGGAAUCAUUUCCAGUGGAUCUUGCGGUACUUGAGGCUGGUAUUACACGGGUCGUGGGGAAGUAUGGGAUUCUAAAAUUUGCUCCUCUGCGCAGCGAUGAUCCGAUUAUUUUGCAACAACCAGCAGAAGAUCUCGAAUCGAAGAAAGCUCUUUGCUACCAACGCCUACAUUCAAAAUACUCACAUGAGUAUGUCAAAAGAUAG